UAUGCAGGCGCAGUGCAGAGAGGUAGCGAAGCCUCCACGACCGAGCUGACCAGACCUGACGCACACUAACACGACUCCCGUUUCUUCUGCCAUAUCCUAACGAUCGCAUGUAUCUUCUUCAUCUGAUAUACCUUGACCUACCUGCCCAGACCUUGAUGCAGAGGAGCUGCAGGUACAGCUGCUGAAAACAUCGCGGAAGUUUCUUUACACGAGCCGUAGGACCUGGAUAUUCGCAUCAUCUCAACCUGCAGUCUACCAUGGCUCUAAUGCGACAUGCAUCUACUAUAGAACGAGGAACCAAACUACCACUAGCGUCACCUUGCUCUACAAGUUCGUCGUGAACAUGACAGUGCAUAACAAGACAGUGCAGGCUCAAUUGCUACAGGGCCCACCUCCCAGCAUGAACAUGACAGACUGGAAUGAUAUUAGCGUCAUGAAAAAGCUCAUGUACUACAGUAAAUAUCUCUGGUGUGCAAUUUUCUUGGUGAACAUGGUAGACGACGAACAUGCUGUACCUUGGUGCGAGCUCCAUGUACAAGGUCCUGCACUUAGAGAUUUUUUCAAAAGAGGUAUAAAUUUUACCGAGUGCGAUAAGAAGUACAAGGAAAUUUGCGAAGAUAAACCUGAAAUCGUACUGAUUACCAAAGACUGUCCGAAUAAGAAAAAUGUGACUGAAUAAAAUAAAAAUGUGGGCUGCGGUCGCUGAACCAAGACGUCACGUGCAGAAGGCGUACGCGCAGUGCUGGUGCGUGUUUUAAGCGCUUAAAGCAAUAAAGCUAAGUUCAUUUUCGUUAAUUGCAUUGCCAACAGG